CAGUCGUCACUUUGAGCGUCCAUCUUACUGAGAUAUCACACGACACACACAGCAGCUCUCCAGGAUGUUUCCCAUCAAGGAUGGAGGUCUCAGACCUGUCAGUGUUUUGCGACACAUCGCUGUCUUACUGCUCCUAAACCACUUUCAUGGAGGUCAGUCUCAGGAGACAGGUCCACCCGAGCCCGUCGUGGCGAUGCUUGGUGAGGACAUCACUUUACCGUGUCAACUGGAACCUCCAAUGGAUGGCGUUAAUAUGACGAUGGAGUGGGGAAGACUUGACCUGGAUCCCAGAUUUGUCCUUCUAUGGCACGAUGGACAGGAAUUUCUGACUGUUCAAAACCAGGCCUACAAGGGAAGAGCAUCAGUGUCCAUCAACAAUUUGAAGCUCGGAGACUUUUCACUGAGACUGUCCUCGGUGAAGACCUCCGACAGCGGGACGUACAGAUGCUACUUCCCUAAACUGAAUACAAAACAUCUGGUUGAGCUUCUUGUUGGUGCUGCCUCCUCACCUGCCAUCAGUCUAGCGGGCCUCCACCAGGCCACCAGCGGAGUGAUGUUGGACUGCAGGUCUGAGGGCUGGUAUCCAGAGCCUGAGGUGUUGUGGCUGGACGCUGAGGGAAACCUCCUCUCUGCUGGACCUACAGAGACCAUCAGAGGUCCUGAUGACCUCUACACUGUCAGCAGCAGAGUGACUGUGGAGAAGAGACCCAGCAACAGAUUCACCUGCAGAGUCCAGCAGAAGGACACCAACCAGACCAGAGACACAGAAAUCCUCAUGCCAGAUGAUUUCUUUGACCUCCUGUCCAGUUCUUCUUCCACCAUCACUGGUUUGGCUGUUAGUUUGGCUGUUUUUGUCAUCUUGUUUUUCCUGUUACUUCUCUUUUCUGUGUGGAAUUGGAGACAAAACGUAAUCAAGACCAAGAGAAGCACUACGUCUGGAACUGUCAGUAGAGAAGAGAAGAACACAACUGAAAUCUCCAGUGGAGAAGAAAUGAAGCCUUUGAAAGGAAAGGGAGAAAAUGAGAGAAAACCUGUAAGUAGAAACGGGAAGUUACUUUUAGUAAAGGGAAUAAAAACGAAGAUCAGGUAAAGAAAGUUUGAUCAGAGCAGGA